AUGCCUACAAGUUGUACACUGGGAAACCAACCGCAGAGCUUGAAAGAGAAUGGGAUGUACUUUGGAAUUUACGAUAAACAAGAACUCAUGACAUCCCUAACAUCUAUAGACGGCGCUUUCACUGUACCGAUUGAAGCCCUCACAUCGCUCAACAAAUCAUCCCUGGAUGGACAAUUCCGUACAGUGGAUGGAUCAGGAGUUGCUGCACUGCUUGAGGCGUUUCACCAAAUUCAUUGCGUAAAUCUUGUUCGACAGUACAUCUAUCGUCAUGACUGGGAUUAUUCGAAGGUUGCUUCAUUUUCGGGUGGGAACAAGACCGUGAGACACCAUGUCGACCAUUGCAUUGAAACCAUUCGAAUGAACAUCAUGUGUCUAAGUGACGUGACACCUUUUCUGAUGGAACAGGAUCCGCGCACACCAGGUCAAUUGAGGGGAAAUCAUAAUAUUGUCAGGAAGUGUCGCAAAUACGGAGCCAUGGUCGACUGGGUCAAAGACAAUACAGUUUUCAUGACAGCUGGAAAAUGA